AUGGCUGGAUUGUGGCAACACCUCUGCUCUCUGCAGCUGAUUCCAGCACUGGCUCUUUUCCAGUUCUUGUGCCUUCUUCAGCCAACAUCAAGUGUUGGUGGUAGAAAUACUGGAGCCGAGCUGGGGUUCAAGUUGGUGAAAGGGAACUUCUCUCGAAUGUUUCUCCGUGUCGGCUAUCACAAAAUAGCAGAGAUUCCCUCAGGAGCAUUCAACAUCAGCAUACGAGAAACAAAAAAGAGCCGGAACUACUUGGCUCUGCAGACCUCAAGUGGGAAGCAUAUCAUCAAUGGCCACUGGGUGAUUGAUAGGCCUGGAAUCUACAAUGCAGUGGGAACGCAGCUCACGUACCAAAGACCCAAUGAAGUCAGCUCGCGCGCUGGAGAGUCCAUCACGGUGCCUGGGCCGCUGACUGACGACCUGCAUGUUUAUUUAAUUUACCAGCAACCAUCUCCCAGUGUGCACUUCGAGUAUGUUUUACCACUAACAAACACCAAGACAACUCCAGAGCCUUCUAGCCUUUCCACCUUAACGCCAUAUGUAACAAGUGACGAGAUGCAGGUAGUGGUAGGCAUGGCUACUAAUGACAUUGUUAAAGAGAAGCCCAGCCCAAACAUGGUUCCCGGCAAGGCAAAUGUAAACCCUCAGCCUGUCUACACCUGGACUAAGAGAGGCUACACAGAGUGCAGCUCGACAUGUGGUAAAGGUAGGCGUCAAUUGCUGUGGGAGUGUAUUGACAAGGCUCUCCAUGUAAGUGUUCCUGCAGACCUUUGUGAUCCAACGCUUGAACCUUCAAACCAGCAAGAAGACUGUCACAUUCAGCAAUGUCCUGCGUAUUGGGAUGUAGGGGAAUGGUCAGAGUGCAGCAAGAAGUGUGGACCGGGCUCUCAGCAUCGCCAGGUCAUAUGCCGCCAAGUCACCCAUGUUCACUCAAAUGGGACAGAAACCUCUGUGACAGCAGCACCAGAACUUUGUGGAUCAGCUGACAAACCGGUGACCAAAUCUUCCUGUCAGCUCAAAAUUUGCAGUCAGUGGGAGAUACGAUCAGAGUGGAGCGAAUGUUCAGUGCCUUGUGGGGUGGGCCAGCGGAGCAGGCAAGUGGUGUGUGUGAGCAACCAGGAUGAGGUAGAACCAGACGAAGAAUGCAACAUGAACCUCAAGCCUGAUAGACUACAAAAUUGUGACAUGGGGGCAUGCGCUCGCAGUUGGUUCACAAGCCAGUGGAACCAGAAGUGUUCUGCAGAAUGCGGUCAAGGCAACCGAACCAGAACAACGGUGUGCCUGAUGAACCACGUGACCGACCUUCCGCUGGACAGCUGCAAUGGGGAACGUCCAAAAGAAGUGACAACAUGUAAUUCCGGUCCAUGCCAAAACCGUCUCGAGUGGUACGCUGGACCCUGGAGUCAGUGUUCUGCAGAGUGCGGGAAUGGGACUCAGACCCGGAACCUGGCUUGUGUUCUUCAAAACAAAGGUCACAUGGAGGUGGUGGUCCCAAUGAAAUGUUCUACUAGGCCUAAGCCGAUCACAGCUCAGCCCUGCGUGCUGAAGCCAUGUGGUGUCCAGUGGUAUGUUACGGAGUGGAGUAUGUGUUCCCGCUCUUGUAACGGUGGCUAUCGUGUCCGUGAGGUGCGGUGUCUCACCGACAACGUCGCUCCAAGUGAGCAGUGUGACCCAACUUUGAUUCCAGAAAGUCGAGAAGAAUGCAACACACAACCUUGUGGAGCUGACAUAAAGCCGGCCUGCAGUGACCAGUAUCACAAUUGCAUGCUAGUGGUUCAAGCCCGCCUCUGCGUUUAUGCUUACUACACAAGCGUCUGCUGUGCCUCGUGUCGUCGAUGGCUGUGA